CCGGCCCCCUCUUGGACCCCUUCCAGGCCCCAGGGGUCUCCACCCAGCCCAACUCCAGGGCCCCAAAUAGGGGAGGGGCUGUGAUCCUGGGUCUGGAAGGGGCUGAGCUGUGAGCUAUAAAGGGGGCAUCUCUCAGCACCCGGGGACUCUAGGCAGCGUGACCUGAGGCCAGACAGGACUACUCCAUGUACCAUCCACGAGAGUUGUACCCCUCCCUGGGGACAGGCUACCGCCUUGGGCCCCCCCAGCCGGGAGCAGAUUCCAGCUUCCCGCCUGCUCUGGCAGAGGGCUACCGCUACCCUGAUCUGGACACUCCCAAAUUGGAUUGCUUCCUCUCCGGGAUUGAGGCUGCUCCCUGCACCUUGGCCGCUCCCCCACCCCUGCCCCCGCUGCCCCCAGCCCUGGGCACUGAGCCGGCCCCCCCAGCCCCAGACGCCCUUCAUUCGCUCCCUGGAGUCAGCCUGAGCCUGGAGAACCGGGAGCUGUGGAAAGAGUUCAAUUCCGUGGGAACAGAGAUGAUCAUCACCAAAGCUGGGAGGCGCAUGUUCCCUGCUUGCCGAAUAUCAGUCACUGGGCUGGACCCCGAGGCCCGCUACCUGUUUCUCCUGGAUGUGGUUCCAGUGGAUGGGGCUCGCUACCGCUGGCAGGGCCGGCGCUGGGAGCCCAGUGGCAAGGCCGAGCCCCGCCUGCCUGACCGCGUCUACAUUCACCCUGACUCUCCUGCCACUGGUGCCCACUGGAUGCGGCAGCCCGUGUCUUUCCAUCGUGUCAAGCUCACCAACAGCACGCUGGACCCCCAUGGCCAUCUGAUCUUGCACUCCAUGCACAAGUACCAGCCCCGCAUACACCUGGUGCGGGCAGCCCAGCUUUGCAGCCAACACUGGGGGGGCGUCGCCUCCUUCCGCUUCCCCGAGACCACAUUCAUCUCUGUGACAGCCUAUCAGAACCCGCGGAUCACACAACUGAAGAUCGCAGCCAAUCCCUUUGCCAAGGGCUUCCGGGAGAAUGGCAGAAACUGUAAGAGGGAGCGAGAUGCCCGUGUGAAGAGGAAACUGAGGGGCCCAGAGCCAGUGGCCACAGAGGCCUAUGGGAGUGGAGAUGCACCAGGGGGCCCCUGUGAUUCCACACUGGGGGGGGACGUCCGUGAGUCAGAUCCCGAGCAGGUCCCAGCCCCCCGCGAAGCGGCCCAGGCCCCGGCUCCUCCGUGUGGCGGCUCCAGUGCCGAAGCCUACCUUCUGCACCCUGCCGCUUUCCACGGGGCUCCCAGUCACCUUCCAACCAGGAACCCCAGCUUCCCUGAGGCUGCGGACUCUGGGCGCCCGGCCCCCUACUCGGCCGCAUUCCUGGAGCUGCAGCCUGGGCCCGGGGGCUCAGGAUACCCAGCAGCUGCACCCCCAGCCCCCUUCGCCUCGCACUUCCUCCAGGGGGGGCCCUUCCCCCUUCCCUACCCCGGCCCUGGGGCUUACCUGGACGUGGGCUCCAAACCUAUGUACUGAGCUCUUGCUGGGCCCCUCUGCCUCCCUCCCUGUCCUCGGUCCCAGACCUCCGCUGCCCUUCCCCCAGGCCUGCAGCCCCAUCACUUCCACUGGCCCCAUCCCCCACACCAAAUGGCGGCCCGGGGGGGCCUCCCCCACCCCACUUCACACUUUGAUUUCACUCCCACCCACCCUGGCUUCAAAGCUCUGGCUAAGCUGCUGGGAGUCCAGCUGGGGCCAGCUUCCCCUUCCAGGCUCUCACCUCGGUGUGAAUGGAGGGAGGCUCUGCCUGGCCAAAUGGGGCCACUGCCCAGCACCCCCUCCUCCUGGGCCUCAGCCUUGGGCUCUGCAAGUUCUACCCCCUCGCCCCAGGACAACCCACACCAGUUUGUUCUCAGGA